AUAGAAGCUGGCAGCCGAUGUUGCCAUGGUGAGGGGGCGGGUUCCACAUGAGCCGAUCCUCCGAUCAGCCAGUCAGCUCUGCGGUCUGUACCCCGGCCCUGACUCUCCCCGGGUUGGAAGCCAGUACUAGAUGUGCGAUUCCUCAGAGCGGAGCCAUGGCAGAGUCAGCGCAGCCCCCAGCCUUAAUCAGCUCCGUGACGGUGUGCUCCUUGGCUGCCUGUGCCGCUCAGCUGCUGCUCGGCUGGGCCCUUGCUCGGCGCCUGGGCGGGAAGAGUUCGGCCACUGACAGAUGGGUGCUUGUCUGGCUCUUCUAUGAUGCCAUUGUGCAUUUCACCCUUGAGGGUCCCUUUGUUUACUUCUCCCUAACAGGGACUGUGGCAUCGUCUGACAAUAUCCUCGCCUCGCUAUGGAAAGAAUAUGGCAAAGCCGAUACCCGCUGGCUCCAUUCUGAUCCAACCAUCGUGUCCCUCGAAAUCCUUACUGUUGUUUUAGAUGGACUGUUAGCAUUGCUUCUCAUUUAUGCCAUUAUCAAAGAUAAAUACUACAGGCACUUCAUACAGAUCACUCUGUGCGUAUGUGAGUUAUAUGGCGGAUGGAUGACCUUUUGUCCAGACUGGCUAAUCGGCAGCCCCAGCCUCAACACCUCCAACUGGCUUUACCUCUGGCUCUACUUAGUGUUCUUUAAUGGCAUUUGGGUUUUGAUACCCGGGCUCUUACUCUGGCAGUCUUGGCUGGAAUUGAAAGGGAUGCAUUCAAAUAAACGAGGCGCAGGAAAGAAGUUACGAUGAAGGGAACAAUUUACUUAAUUAUUUUAUUAUGGAUUCAAUCCCUGAUUGGACCAAAUGCAUAUCCCAUUGAAACACUAUUUCAUCAUUUCUAAUGUGAUGAGAUUGUCAUACGUAUGUUGAAUCAGGGCUGUCCCACUGGAGGCCCCUUAGAGGUUUUAUCUGGCCCUCCAGCAGAUUUUUAUUCCCCCCUUCCCCCCCAGACUGCACCAUAGACUUUUUUGUAUGACAAAAUUUUCAUAUAAUAACACAAUUGAACUUGAGGUAUAAGAAAUAAUUGGGCAACUGUUUUUAAAUAAUUUGUGUAUCCACAAAUUCCCUUUAUAAUAUUUUUGUAAUAAACUCUAUUAUUUGGACUGUG